GGGGCGUACAAGUUGACAAUCUUUCCGGGACGAUCUUCCAUCAUCAUCAUCAUCAUCAUCACCCUCUUCGACCAAAGCCACCGAGCAGGAAGAUGAGUCCGCUCCUUUCACGUCUUUAAGCAGAAGCUAACAACAUGGUCACCCUCACCAGCAUUGGCUAGCUGCCCGUAAACAAAACAUCUUUUUUUUUUUUUUUUUUUGAGAAGCGGGACCCCCAUUCAGCCAGGCCGACGACAUUAACGCUGUCCCGCCAUGUCCGCCCUGUUUCCCGAUGCCCUUGAAGCGGCCGAGCGAGCGGAAGGCCUGCCGCUGGCCUCCCUGCAGCCGCCGUCCGAGCUGGAAGAGGAGGAAGAGGCCGAGGUGUCGGUGGAGCGGGGGCCGAAGAGACGGGGCCGCUACCGGCACAGCAUCCAGCUUCUGAAGCCCUUCAGGAUAAAGCACAAGAACCAGCACCCUGUCGAUAACUCCGGGCUCUUCUCUUUUAUGACUCUGCACUGGCUCACGCCGCUGGCCCUGAAAGCCUACAAGACGUCCAGCUUGUCCAUAGACGACGUGUGGGGGCUCUCCUGCCACGAAGCCUCUGAAGUCAACUGCCAAAGGCUAGAAUCGCUGUGGCACGACGAAUUGAAAAGACGAGGGCGCGAGGGGGCAUCCCUGACAAGAGUCUUUUGGAGGUUCUGCCAGACCCGAACGCUGAUGGCCAUCUUCGUCCUCCUCCUCACAAUGGUGGCAGGUUUCGUCGGCCCUGCGCUCCUGGUACGGGCCCUUCUGGAAUAUUCCCAGAGCUCUGAGCGCUGUGUGCAAUACGGCCUCUGCUUGGUCGCUGGCAUCUUCGUCAUGGAGCUAACGCGCUCCUGGUGUCUGGCGCUCAUGUGGGCCAUCAACUAUCGCACGGCAGCUCGCCUCCGUGGGGCGACUCUCACGUUUGCCUUCAACAAGAUCCUGCGCUUGCGCAACACCAAAGACAUCAGUCCGGGCGAGCUGAUCAACAUCUGCUCCAGUGAUGGCCAGCGUCUCUACGAGGCCGUCUCAGCGGGCUGCCUGCUGGCCGGGGGCCCCCUGGUGGGCAUCGUAGGACUUAUCUACACCACGUACUUCCUGGGUAUCACCGCUCUGGUCGGAUCGGCCAUUUUCAUCAUCUUCUAUCCCACCAUGAUGCUAGCGUCAAGGCUGACGGCGUAUUUCCGCAAGAAGUGUGUGGUGGUGACCGACCAGCGCGUGAGGCUGAUGAACGAGAUCCUGGGCUGCAUAAAGUUCAUCAAGAUGUAUUGUUGGGAGGAUGUCUUUGCUGAGAAUAUCCACAAGGUGAGGUCAAAGGAGAGGGCAAUACUGGAAAGAGCCGGGAUCAUUCAGAGCCUGUCCGUGGGUGUUGCGCCUAUCGUGGUGGUGAUAGCCAGCGUGUGCACAUUUACCUUGCACAUGGCACUGGGCUACGACCUGACUGCAGCAGAGGCGUUCACUGUGGUUGCCGUUUUCAACUCCAUGACCUUCUCACUGAAAGUCACUCCCCUAGCAGUCAGGUCUCUGUCAGAGGGAGCUGUGGCAGCCAAGAGAUUCCAGAGGCUUUUCACAAUGGACGCCCGAGAGGCCGUCCUGCUCACAACGCAGGACGCUCGCAACGCGGUGGAAUUUCAGGAUGCCACGCUGGCGUGGGAGAAGGCGCGAGCGCCGGCCACCAAGCCGAACGGGCCCCCCAAAAAGCGGAACCAGAAGAGAGGCGGGAUCAUGCGGGUGCUGCGUCGGGAGAGGCUGAGCCUGUUCAUCUCCACGGAGGACAGCAAGGAGCACAGCAAGGAGGGUCCCAAUGCCCAAAGUCUCCUUACCAAUAUGGAGCAAGAGAGUCCACAGAGCACCAUCUCCUCCAGUAAAAGCAUCCGGCCUCCGCUGCACAAGACACUGCACCGCAUCCACUUGUCCAUCAAGAGGGGUUCUCUGGUUGGGAUCUGCGGUGGUGUCGGAAGUGGGAAGAGCUCUCUUCUCUCAGCACUUCUGGGACAGAUGACCCUUUUAGAAGGCAACGUGGCAGUCAGCGGCGGCUUUGCUUAUGUCUCCCAACAAGCCUGGAUCCUCAAUGACUCGCUGAAGGAGAACAUCCUGUUUGGGCAGGAGUAUGAGAAAGACAAAUAUAAUAAUGUCCUAGAGGCCUGCUGUCUUCUCCCCGACCUUGCCGAGCUGCCCUAUGGGGACAUGACAGAGAUCGGGGAGAGAGGAGCAAAUCUGAGCGGGGGACAGCGUCAGAGAAUUAGCCUGGCUCGGGCGCUCUACAGCGAGCGACCCAUUCUGCUCCUGGACGACCCCCUGAGCGCCGUGGACGCCUGCGUGGGCUCGCACAUCUUCAAUAAGGUCAUACGGGGUUCCGCCAAAGGCAAGACGGUGAUCUUUGUCACCCACCAGCUGCAGUAUCUGCCAGACUGCGAUGAUAUCAUCCUGAUGAAGGAUGGCCAGAUAUCAGAGCACGGCACUCACGCUCAGCUAAUGGCUAAAGAGCGUGACUACGCCUCGCUUUUCAGCAGCAUGCAACAGGAGAAUCUGUUGAAAGAGAAUUUCAAAAACAAACAGCACAAAGCAGCUGCCGAAAAGGUUUGCCGUGUCGAGGAUGUGGUCAGCGUCCAACAGAAGAUGCCGAGCAAAAAAGGAGAACAACUGAUGAAAGCCGAAGAGAAGGGGUCUGGCGCCGUCGCGUGGUCCGUGUACGCCGCCUACAUCCGAGCGGCGGGAGGUCCAGUGGUUUUGUUCCUGAACGCCUUCUUCUUCCUCAGUACUACAGGCAGCGUGGCCUUCAGUAACUGGUGGCUUAGUCACUGGAUUAAUCAAGGAAGCGGGAAUGCUUCAUUAAUCUCAGUAAAUGAGACGAAGGUGGAAGACAGCAUGACGCUCAACCCUCACAUUCAGUUCUAUUCCAUUGUUUACGUUGUCUCCAUGGGCGCCGCUUUGCUUCUCAAGACCAUAAGAGGCCUGGUGUUUGUAAAGUGCACGGUGAAGGCGGCCUCCGCGCUGCACGACAAGCUGUUCCGCCGACUCCUCCGCAGCCCGAUGCGCUUCUUUGACACGACGCCUCUCGGACGCAUCCUGACCCGCUUCUCCAGGGACAUGGAUGAGGUGGAUGUACGUUUCACCAUGCAAGCCGAAACGCUGCUGCAGAACCUGACCCUGGUGUUCUUUUGCCUGGCGAUGGUUGGCAUCGUCUUCCCCUGGUUCCUGAUCUCCAUCCUGCCCCUGGGAGUUUUCCUCUUUCUCUUCAACCGUGUUUCCAGGGUUCUAAUUCGCGAGCUGAAGCGACUGGAGAAUAUCAGCCAGUCGCCGUUCACUUCUCACAUCACCAGCAGCCUCCAGGGCCUAUCCACCAUCCACGCCUACGGAAGGAAGCGUGACUUCCUCCGAAGAUAUCAGGAGUUGUUGGACACCAACCAGGCCUCCAACUACCUCUUCAGUUGUGCUAUGCGUUGGCUGGCCGUGCGCCUGGAUCUCAUCAGCAUCUCUCUCAUCACGGCCGUCGCUCUGCUCAUUGUCUUCAUGCACCAGCAGAUCCCUCCCGCCUACGCAGGCCUUGCCAUAUCGUACGCCGUGCAGCUCACCGGUUUAUUCCAGUUCACCGUGAGACUGCUCACAGAGACGGAAGCCCGCUUCACAUCAGUAGAGAGGAUUAAUCACUACAUAAAGACGCUGGAAAGCGAAGCUCCGUGCAAAAGCAGCCCGUCAGAUGCUCCCGCCCUCUCCUGGCCUCAGGAGGGAAAGAUUACCUUCCAGAACGUGGACAUGCGCUACCGUGACAAUCUGCCUCUGGUGCUGAAGGGCCUGACCUUCACCGUGCAGCCCGAGGACACCAUCGGCAUCGUGGGCCGCACGGGAUCAGGGAAGUCCUCUCUGGGUCUGGCUCUGUUCAGACUGGUGGAACUGGCGAGAGGCUCCAUCAUCAUUGACGGGGUUGAUAUCGCCCGGAUCGGGUUGGACGACCUGCGCAGCAAGCUGGCCAUCAUCCCUCAAGAGCCGGUGCUCUUCAUCGGCACUGUUAGGACCAAUUUAGACCCGUGGGAUCAGUACUCGGACUCACAAAUAUGGGAGGCGCUGGAGAAGACUCAUAUUAAAGACAUGGUCAGCCAACUGCCUCACUCCCUCUACUCCGAGGUGACGGAGAACGGGGAGAACUUCUCAGUGGGCGAACGGCAGCUCAUCUGCGUGGCCAGAGCUCUACUGCGCAACAGCAAGAUCCUGGUGCUGGACGAGGCGACGGCGGCCAUCGACACCGAGACCGACGGCCUCAUCCAAGAGACCAUUCGCUGUGAAUUUGGCAGCUGCACGCGCCUCAUCAUCGCCCACCGCCUCAACACGGUGAUGAACUGCAGCAAGGUCAUGGUCAUGGACAACGGCCAGAUUUUGGAGUUUGACCAUCCGGCGGCUUUGCUUUCGAAGGAAAACUCCAGAUUCCGCGCCAUGAUCGAGGCGUCUGAAAACCAAAGCAAAGAACUUUGAAUGUUACUACUGUAACAGCUGAGAAUACACAUCAUAUGCACACGGACAAAUCCAAUGACUUAAUAACCUAUGGUGGGGUUAAAAACAAGAGAAUGUGACAAAUAAUGUCAGCUGAUGUCCAAAACCAAAGACUCAAAGGAUGGCUUUGCUUCCAUGUCACGCAACCAAAUGAUACACUGCGAAUAAAACAGAGGGAGACUUCUGUCAAAGGCACUUUAAAAAGUCAUGUAGACGCGUGGAAACCAACUCCUCUGCCUCUGAGAGGACAGCUCGCUCGAGUUCUGCUCAGCCCCAGAGUUGGGCGUGGAUGAUCCCUCAGCUGUGUUACCUUGUAGCCAUUGUGGACGAGUCAGUGAUGCUGAUUUAGUUAGGAUGAGGCACUUGAAGCGCCUAUAAAAUGUACUUCUUCGAUGUUUUAAUGCAAACAUUGUGGCGGACACGUGCCUAGACGUUCUACUGUAAAGUUGAAGUUAGCCAUAUGCACGUCGUUAAAAACACUGCAUGUCGGUACUGUUAUGUUCCUCUUAAAUCUAGAUGCUGGAUUUUAAAACGGUGCACAUUUUUGCAUCGCUCCUGUUGUUUCUAAGGCCAUUUUUUUUGUUGACGGAUGCGUGUUGCAGUGGGACAAUACAGUGUGUUGAUUCUUCUCGUAGCAACAAAAACCGAAGAUUGUUGUUGUCUGCCUUACAUGGUUGAGCCUGCGCUAAACAAUCACCAGUGCAAUAUGUUGCUGUUGCAUUGCUGCAUUUUCAAGGCUGCCUUUUGUACACAGAGAUUGUCCAACUUUUUGUAAAUGGUGGGGUUUGAGAUGAUUUUUUUUUUCUUAAAUAAAAGUUUUAUUGGCU